UUCCGCUUACGCCCUCCCUCCUCUCCCCCUCUCCCUCCCUUUGCAACAAGUGUCAUUCUGUCAUUUCCAUGGAGACGUGUGUUUAUGUUUUUCAGCUCGGCCCCUGGAGUUUUCUUUGAAGGAGAGCGGCUCGCGUCGGUGCUGGCAGAGCCGUCAGCAUGGACGAAGACGAUUUGAGCUUCUCCAAAACGCAGAAGGCCCCAGUGCGUAAGGGACGCAGGGCAGCUCCAAGCAUCCCAACCUCGAGUUCGUUCGACACGAAUGGAUCAACAGAGGACCUGUUAGAUAGUCCUACUUCAGGACCAUCUACACCAGCCAAGACUUCAGGACCUGUGGCACCACCAAGAUCGAGACGAACAGGUGGCUGGGCAGACGAGACUUUGAAAUCAGCAAAACCACAUUCUCACAUUUUGCUCUUCAGAUCCAAAAAUAAUGUUCAGGAUCCUGCUGAGCUAGAGAGAUUUAAAUCACCGGAGAGGUCUAAGCCGGAUUCUGAUGAUGACAUUCCUGUUAUUCCUGAUCUGGAUGAUCUUCAGGAAGAUGAACUUGCCUCUCAAAUAGCAAAAGCUCCAAGUGUUGUAGUCAACAGAGUGGCCACCUACAAAGAGCUUGAUUCUGAUCUUUUCAAACAUGCUGCAUUUGCUACACUUGAUGACAUGAAUUUGCGCCUCCUAACGAAACGGCUUAAUGUGGAAGCCGAUAUUAAAGAGCCGGAUUCGUGUUGGACUUGGGACCUAUUGUUCACUGAUGUGGCAUCUGAUCUGAACAAUGAACUGGAGCAGAUUCAGAGUACUGGAUAGAGGCCAAACUUUGGAAUACAAAUUUUGAAGGUUGUGAUUAAAAAGUUCGACGCGCUAUACAGCCUUCCAAAGCUACGUGUUAAUUCUCAUUUCACGGCAAUAAUAAGGGGCAUGUUUUAGAUUGUAAAAUAGAUUAAGUUUGCUUAAAGUUUCAAGUUAUUUAGAACUAAGCGACUCAAUACUCAUAAACUAGUAGUAUUUAUCUGUCAGACAUAUCUACAUCCAUGUGAUGCUUGUAAGAUUUUUAUAGUAUGUUUCCAAUCUUCUCAUUUUAUUGUUUUAAUUUAUUUAUUGAUUUUGCGCUUGUGUUUCAACUUGCUCAUUUGUGUAGUUUGUUUCCAAGUUAGUUGUCAGUGAAUUUUUAUAGAAAUAAUGUUUGUGUGUGAUUAAAAAUUAAAUAUUUGAAAUUUUUGAUCAUGUGAAUUUAGCUGUUUGGACUUUGAGAUUUGGCUUAGUUGUGAGGCUUUCUCUAUUAGUUCAGUUAGAGCAAUCCUUACUUAUUUAAUGUUAUUGUUGGCACAUCAGUAUUAUUGUCUAUCGAUCUCUGUACAAAUAACCAUAUCACAUAAUUAUUAAAGUGUUCUUGCAUUAAAGUUCUUUCCAAUA